AUGUGGAACACUGAGAAGGUGAAUGUUACUCAGCUUGCCAAGUCUGAACAGGAAACCCAUGUUUCGGUUAAGGUAAUCUCUUCCAACCUUGAUUACAUUCUUACUACCAUUUAUGCUAGUCCUAGGUUUCGUGAAAUAUGUAUUUUGUGGAAUAAUUUGAAAAAUGUUGCUAACCUUUGUGACAAGCGUUGGAUUAUUGCUGGUGAUUUCAACGAAAUGCUUGUUGAUGGGGAUAAAUUUGGGGGUAGGACUGUCAGUGCCAAUUGGUCCUUAAUCUUCAAAGAAUGUCUUGAUAGCUGUAAUAUGAUUGAUUUAGGGUUUACGGGUCCCCGUUUUACUUUGUCUAAUCGGAGAGAUAUUUUGGAUCUGAUUCAAGAAAGAAUUGAUCGAUUUUUUGCCAAUCCAAGCUGGUGUGCAUUACAUCCCAAUGCGAGGGUGAGUCAUUUGGUUCGCUGCCACUCUAAUCAUUGCCCCAUUCUGUUGGAAUCUGAUCCGGGUAGUGAUGUUUACCUUCCUCAGCCCUUCAGGUUUCAAAGUUUUUGGCUUGAAGAUCCGACCUUUCCCAGGGUUGUCUCAGAUACUUGGGACCAAUCCUCCUCCUUACAAGAAGUGUCGGAAAAUUUUGCUACUAAGGCAGUGGAUUGGAAUAAAAACCAUUUUGGUAAUAUCUUCAUCAAAAAGAAACUAGUAAUGGCCAAAUUGGGCAGAGUCCAAAAAGUUUUGACGAGUCACCCCUCUUCAUCCUUGCUAGCCUUGGAAAACAAUCUACACAGUGAGCUAAAUGAUAUUCUGAGUCAGGAAGAGGAGCUUUGGGUUCAGAAAUCUCGAAUUAAUAGAUUGGUUCAUGGGGAUAGAAAUACUUCCUUCUAUCAUGUGUCUACCAUUGUUCGAAGAAGGCGUAACUGUAUUUCUUGUAUAAAAAAUGAUGCGGGGGGUGGAUUCAUAAUGAAAAGGAGAUUGUGGAGUUCAUUAGGUGGAGGUUUGAUAGGCUUUUCACUUCAAGUUUGGUUAGUGCUCCCCUCACUCCUCCUCAAUCCUCUCGGUGGCAUUCUACCCUCACUGAGGAGGAGAAGAAUACCUUUUGCUUGCCUAUUUCUGAUGGAAAUCUCCGGGUCCUGA